AUGUCCGCCCCCAACGCUGGCCGCCAAUCCCCAUCUCCAUCUCGCCAAACGGGGCCCCAGGAAUCCGACAUCCCGGGCUGGACCGGAAAGGCGGAACAAACUGUCACAGACGGACACGGGUCGGAUGCAGAGCAGCCAAUGGAGAACCUUGCAGCUGGUCGACGUACUGGUAGUGGCGAUGUUCCCGGUGCGGCUGUUGAUAGUCGGUGCAAUGUGAGGUUGCUGAGUAACCCAGUGCAUCCGCUCGAGGAGGAGUCGAGGAGGAAGUUGGAGAAGGGGGUUGUGGGGAUGAGGUGA